CUAACCUUACCUUGCAUAGCAACGGCUACCAUUUAUUUACCCUGCCUUCUCUGUUCGUUUACAUUGAGGCGUUCACUACCGAUUUUGAGGAAAUACAGAAAAGACAGCGAGAGAGCAUCUUGAGCUUCUCGCAAUAUUUCAUUUUUCGUAGAAUGGCUACAACAUUAAAUUUCAAUGCUCAGUCAUCAAAUCCUCCAAAGAGUUUUUCCAAUUACUUCUGGGGAGUGAAUGAUGAAGGAUACCAUGCCUUACUUUCUCGUUUCAGCGAAAUAAAACACAUCAAUGAAGAUCUGCGGUCAUUUUUCCAUGAGAGAGCUAGCAUUGAAGAAGAUUAUGCUAAACGGAUGACCAAAUUGGCCCGCUCCAAUGUAGGUGCCAAUGAAACAGGAACAUUAAGAGAAUCUAUUCAAAUGAUGAAGUCAGAGAUGGAUACUAUGGGCAAAAAUCGUCUCGCAAUUGCCCAGCUUUUACAAGACGAUGUCUCCAACGCUUUUAGUCGUUUUGCUAUAUCUUUGAAAGACAAAAAGAAAACAAUCAUUGCUAGCAUUGAAAAGUGCCACAAAGAGAAAGAAUCAAAGAAACAAAAUUAUGAAAAGGCACAAGACAAAUACCAUUAUUUGUGCAAAAAAGUAAACUAUUAUGUGUCCCAACAGAAUAUGUUGGUAGGAAAGGAUCUGGAGAGAAACAAUUCCAAGUUAAACAAGACUCAAAAUGCAAUUGCAUCCAGCGCUUCUGAAUACAAGGCGAGCGUACAAACCAUCUCAGAUACUUACCAGCGUUGGAUAAGAGAGUGGAAGUCAGCUUGUGAUAAGUUCCAAGAUAUUGAAGAAGAACGUCGUCAUUUCUUAAGAAGUGUUCUUUGGACUUUCACCCUUCUUGUCUCCCGAGGCGCGUUCAAUGAUGAUGAAGCUUGCGAACGCAUUCGAAAAUCCCUCGAGACCUGCAACGUCAAAAGCGAUGUUUUAGGUUUUAUUGAAACUCGAGCUACCGGAACCGGUAUUCCUCAACCUCCUAAAUUCUACGACUUUUAUAAAGGAGAAUCACCUGAAGAUGUUGUAGAGUUAGUCCAAGCAAACUUUGAGCGCGCACCAUCAAACAUAGAAAACGAUCACAUGACCCUAAAUCGCCCUUAUACCCUUUCCGCUGCUGCUCGUACAGGAAAUGCGGCCUUGGAAGGAUCCUCAGAUCUCCAAAACGUCUCUACCGCUGUCAACCAGGCAGCUACAUCAAUAUCGUCUAAUUCCUCUCAAUCAGGCCGAUUGUCACCACAUAAGAAGCUUUUUAAUAAAUUCAAAAAAUCGAGCCGCCCCGUUACUCCCAAUGUCUUAAAUGCUUCUUCGGAUAUGUCUCCACUGGAUGAAAACUUUCAAAAAAUGUCUGUGCAGAACAAUAAGCCUGAAACUGACUCUGCACCAAGUAAUCUUCCACCAGCAUAUCAAACGAUUUCUCCAAUUUCCCGAAGACAACAAAUUCAGGAUGAAUUUAGUAGCGUCAUGAGGAUGGAGAACAGAGCUGUUUCUCCCAUCUCUGAUAACCGAAAAAACAGUUCUUCUAUCGGACUGAGAAAAAACCAGCCCUCAAGGCCUUCUUCAUCUCAUUCACGUCGUGUAUCAAGGUUACCACGAUCUUUAACACCAGGUGCUGUUGAACCGGAGUAUGAUUACGGAGUCAAGGUAGAUCCCGUCCAAGACCUAGGCCGAACCGUGGAUGAUGACGAGUAUCAAUCAGAACUUGAAUCCUCUAUCAAGGAUGACUUUUUCGCAUCGAACGGAUACGGCGUCGCAAACCUCUCAUAUCCUAUUCACGAUGAUUACGACGCUGAAGAUCGUCAUUCUUUAGAUAUAGAAGAAACCCCAACAAGUUCAGACGGACAAAAGAUCCUUGGGUACGUUCAUGCUCUCUAUAACUACGAUGCUGCUAUACCUGAGGAAAUUUCUUUCCAGAAAGGCGAUACUAUUGCCGUGAUAAAACUUUAUGAAGAUGGAUGGUGGGAAGGCUUUGUUGUCGGUGACGAUGAUCAUAAUAGAGGACAAUUCCCUUCUAAUUUUGUGCGUCAAAUUGAUGUUUAAUAAUCGAUAAAUGGUUUCCAGAUCUUGUGCAUUCUUUUGUUCAUGCAUACUUUCCAUCUUUCUUUUUUUUUUAUUUUGAUGAUCUUUUGUUUAUUUAUCGUUUUGAAAUUUUGUUGGUUGACAACUCUAAUAGCUCAUAUGUACUGGCAUUUACAAAAUUGAAUAGAGACAUAAACUAGUAGAAUAAAUUCCAUUUUAUUUACUUUGAACCUUGC